CCUGCACUAGAAGACGCUGCCACCGGACCCUGCCCAGAGCACCCACUCCUCAGCAACCACCAUGUCCCAGACCAAAACACUGAAGGUCCGCGUGACCCUCUUCUGCAUCCUGGUGGGCAUCGUGCUGGCCACGGCGGCCGUGGUGACCGACCACUGGGCCGUGCUGAGCCCCCACCUAGAGCACCACAACAGCACCUGUGAGGCGGCCCACUUCGGCCUCUGGAGGAUUUGCAUCAAGCGCAUUCCCAUGGAUGACAGCAAGAGCUGCGGACCCAUCACCCUGCCCGGGGAGAAGAACUGUUCCUACUUCAGGCAUUUCAACCCAGGCGAGAGCUCAGAGAUCUUCGAAUUCACCACUCAGAAGGAGUACAGCAUCUCGGCGGCCGCCAUCGCCAUCUUCUGCCUGGGCUUCGUCAUCAUGGGCACCAUCGGCGUCCUCCUGUCCUUCGGGAAGAAGCGGGACUACCUGCUGCGGCCGGCGGCGAUGUUCUACGCCUUCGCAGGUCUCUGCAUCUUCGUCUCGGUGGAGGUCAUGCGGCAGUCGGUGAAGCGCAUGAUCGACAGCGAGGACACCGUGUGGAUCGAGUACUACUACUCCUGGUCCUUCGCCUGCGCCUGUGCCGCCUUCGUCCUCCUCUUCCUCGGCGGCCUGGCCCUGCUACUCUUCUCCCUGCCCCGAAUGCCCCGGAACCCUUGGGAGUCCUGCAUGGACGCGGAGCCCGAGCACUAGCCCCGCGGGGCGCCAGCGGCCCU